UUACUUAGAGUUAUCUCAUUCAGACAAAGAGGAACCUUUCCAGCCUCGGGGCUCAGAAUGGUGAGCAUGCUGGUUCAUUAUCUCCAAGAACCUGCUUGGCUACUCUCACCUGUUAGGGUACCUGGCUCAUUCAGUCUCUCCCAUCAGCCUCUGAGGAACCAGGUGGCCAUCUUCUUGUUUCCUCCAAGAGGGGCAAUUUCACUUUCUGGGGCUGUGGACCUUCCUUCCAAACCCCACGGGUCUUGGAGCCACAGAACUUUACCAUCCCAGUCUCUGCUCAAGAGACGCUGGGCUCCGGUUAUGAACAAGCUCCCUGGACAACUCUGUUUCCUGCCUCACCCCACGAGUCCCUCUUCUUGGAUGUUUGCCUUUUUAUCCACCUUUUUCGUUCCUCCACAAUCCAGGCUGGGGCAGCAGGAGCAGCAGCAGGUUUCCACCCCGGGCUGGUCCCCAUUGGACUUCCCCCAACGCCUCAGGGGACACCUCUAGGCUGUUACUAAGACUCUCUCAAAGUCAGCCCUAGGGACUGCAGGAGGCGAGGGGCAGAAAAAAUUGGCACAAAGGUGCCUUGCCUGAGCUGUCAAAGGCUCAGAUGGAGAUUGCAGCCACCAAGAAGCAGCCAGAACUUCAGUCAAUUCUUUCCUACCCCACUCCUCCACCAUAGCACCUCCUCCAGCUAGGGGAAUGGUUUCAGUGAUAGAGAACCUGCCAACACACAAGAGUCCCUGAGGAAACAUAAACAAACAGAUGCGAUGUGGCAGUUUGAGCUCUGGGCUCUUCAACUUACUUCUCCUAUAAUGGAGUCCCUUAGAAUCCUCUGGAAAGGGAGAAAGAAGACACCUCUGGGUAGCCAAGGACUGGAUAAGCAAAUGCAUAAGAGUGCCUUGGAGCUAGACACAUCUCAGACAGACAGACAGGGAAAGGAGUUGCUAAUAGGUACCGAAGAUGGGAAUGUCUGCUGCUUUUCCCUCACUCCUGACCUGAGACAACAAGCCCUGAGGUCUUUUUUUCCUCCUGCCAGAGAGACCACCUAUAGCUGCUUGUGUUUGUGGGAAACUUCCUGGGGAGAUGCAACAACACAUAUCUACUCACCCCAGAAAGGGAACCCAGGACAGACCAAGGUCCAGAUACUGAUCAAGUCCAAAUUGGUGAACCAAUGAAUUUUGUUGGUAUUACUUGCAGGAGUAUGGCUGAAGGGUUACUUACAGAGGUGAAAAUGACUCAGACAGCUGUGUCACUAAAGCCCACCUGUAAUGGCUGGUUUUAUAUGUCAACUUGACACAAGCUGGAGUUAUCACAGACAAAGGAGACUCCCUUGAGGAAAUGCCUCCAUGGGACCCAGUUGUAAGGCAUUUUCUUAAUUAGUGAUCAAGGGGGGAGGGCCCUGCCCAAUGUGGGUGGUGCCAUCCUGGGCUGGUAGUCUUGGGUUCUAUAAAGAAGUAAACUGAGCAAGCCAGGGUAAACAAGCCAGUAAGCAGCACCCCUCCAUAGCCUCUGCAUCAGCUCCUGCUUCCUGACCUGCUUGGGUUCCUGUCCUGACUUCCUUUGGUGAUGAACAGCAAUGUGGAAGUGUGAGCUGAAUAAACCCUUUCCUCCCCAACUUGCUUCUUGGUCACGAUGUUUUGUGCAGAAAUAGAAACCCUGAUUAUACACCACCCCAGCAUGGGUGACAGCUUAAAAAGCUGGGAACCUGAAACAUACUGUGCAGCCUGCAGGCAGCUCAACAGAUUGGAGAGUCUCCUUUCUGGGUGUCUCAGUUGGUCUAAACCUCUUCCAGUCUGCUCGGAGGUUUCUGCUUCUUCCAGCUAGCUGGUCUGGCCUCAAGAGUCUUCUUUAUUUCUCAGCUUACCUGAGUUUUCUUUUGCAGUUUGGCUUUCCCUACUCUGGAGGGAAGGGGGCCUAGUGAAUCUGCUCAGUUUCAGGAACUUCCUGAAGCUGUUUGAGUUGUUUGACCUUCCUGCUUAAAGAGUUUCUGUUCAUAGAAUGUUUUAAUCUUGAAGGGAACUGUUACACAACUGGUCAGAUGUGUUCAAGGAGGUUCCAGAACUGGUUUACCUGAAGCUGUGGGCCUAUUUGUUCUCCUUUCUUUGUCUAAGUUAAUCAUCCCAAAAUUAGGGGAGGGAGGGAGGCUUGCCCUUCCUAAGGAGUUAAGACUUAAGAGUCACUGAACGACCCCUCUGUCUCUCCUCUGUGAAGGCUCUCUCUGUGCCUUGCUCUGUUUCUUCCAGGUUACUUUUCUUUUUUUCUGCCUUCUGUGAAUUUUUUCUCCUCUGCCUUGUAAUUCAUUGAUUGGUGGAAAAAACAAACCAGACAAGAUUUGCCAUGUGUAGCACCCUAGGCAGAUGUGUACCUGCCCCACAGUUCAUACUUAAAACACCUUUAUCCUACUUUUACUUAUGUACAUGAGUGUGUACCCAUGCAUAUGAAGGUGCCUGGGAGACCAGAAGAAUUUGCUGGAUCCCCUGGAGCUGGAGAUCCUCACAGUUGUGUACUGACUACUGUGGGGGCUGGCAGCAAACGCACUGAUCUGUCUACAAGAGCAGUGGGCCCUCUUAGUAGCCAAGUCCUCUUUCCAGGAGUAGGGUCCUGGCUCCAAUGAGAGAUUUCUAUGACAAUGCUCAAUUCUAUCUAUCAAAAUGCUUGAUUAGUUCUGAGUAAGCCAAAGUACUUCAUCCUUACAGUAACUUUCUGGGGGGUGGGGGGUGUCUCUUAUUGAUGCCCCUGCCUUACCAUAGGAAACCUGUUUGCUCAGCCAGUCUUCCUGUCAUUUCCCAGGGCAUGUUCUACUCUGAGGAGUGGACUCAGGCCAUGGUGUUUGCAAACAGGUGGUUGUUCCCUCUGUGUGAUGCUCAAACAUACAGACUAGAAUGUGGUCAUGGCCCUGGGGUCAGAUGAGCAGAAUCUAGUCCUGGUUUUACCAACAACCAACUUGUCUUGGAGCAGGACCCCAGGGAUCCUAGCCCACUAAAAGGGGACUGAAUGGUGUCUCAGGUCCAAGGGUUGCAGGGGCUCUGUGGUUGAGUCAGCAAGUUCCCCAGGCCUGCUCUGGAAGUAGGAGUCAUCCGGGAUAAACACUACUGUUUACCGAUUCGAAGGCAGUUCUCACUAGCAAGAGCUACCUCGGGACAGGGGGCUUUUCCGUGAUUUUUAUUCCCAUUUUGGCUUUUUCUCCAUAUUUUACUUUGAUUGGUUUCACGGUGCAAGAGAUGGAACCCAGAGCCGGGCGCAGACGCUACACCACAAUUAUCCUCAGCCCUCCCGGAUAUCUAAACUCACAAAGGCUGAAAGACCCUGAGCCGAGGGACGCCCUCCUCCCAGAUCCACAGUGAAGAAUCCGCGGCGAUCACUACAUCCUUGUUUUGAACACGAAGUUUCUCUCUGAGCUGUUUCAAGGGCAGGUCCUCCCGAGGGCCCAGCAGUGGCGGUGUCCACCAGGACGCAGAAUCGGAAUGCCAGAAAGCUGAGCCCGGAAAUGCCAGGUUGGGGAGUGGAGGAGACUAAGAGGGCCAGGCGUGGGAGCACCUGAGAACGAAACUCGCUCUUCCCGUGUGGUCUCGACCCAAGUUCAUUCGAGAACCCGAGUCUCGUGGUUGCUUUUGGCCGGACGGUCGCGGGAUCAUCUUUCCCUGGGCUCUGAGCGAUGGCGGCGCUGUGGCCCGCCCCUGCACCCGAGAACUCAGAUGACAAGCGCGAUAGAGCCGCAGGGCUGGGACAGCGCCCGGUGCCCCGCAGCCGGCGCUCAGUGCACAGGCCCGGGAGCGCGUCCCGCAGCGGCGGGCCAACGCUCGGGGCCGCCUCCUCCCAGACCCCGCGGGACUGGGAUCGUUGCACAAGGCCCUCCUCCCGGUCAAGGUGGAGGAAGUUGCCGGAGAGGCGGGAGGGGGGCAGCGCCUGUUGUUUUCCGCCAGCCGGGCGGGCUGGGCGCAGGGGCGGGGCGCGCGCCCCAGAGGCGAUUGUCGGGGCUCGGCCGGAGCAUCCUUGCCGGGGAGCCCCUCGCCGCGGGCCGGGGAGCCCCAAGAGCCCGGUGCACCCGGAGCUCCGCGCUUUCCCGGGAGUAGAUCUCCGGAGUGAUGGCCGGAUUGCGCGUCCUGCUGUGCCUCGGGGCGCUGCUGGCCCGCCAGGGCUCCGCAGACUCAGAGGCUGUGGCUAUCGGCGAAGUCCAUGAAAAUGUUACUCUACGCUGUGGCAGCUUGUCAGGAUCCAGAGGCCUGGUGACCUGGUACCGGAAUGACUCCGAGCCCGCCUUCCUGGUCUCCUCCAAUUCCAGCCUCCCUCCGGCUGCACCCCGUUUCUCUCUAGAGGAUGCAGGUGCCCUGCGCAUUGAGGCUCUGAGACUGGAGGAUGACGGCAACUACACCUGCCGAGAGGUUCUAAACGAGACCCACUGGUUCCCUGUGCAGCUUCGGGUGACCAGUGGCCCUGCCCACAUUGACGUUAACAUCUCAGCCACUGGCACCCUCCCCAAUGGCACCCUGUACGCAGCCAGGGGCUCUCAGGUGGACUUCAGCUGCUGCAGCGCUGCACAGCCUCCGCCCGAGGUGGAGUGGUGGAUCCAGACCCACAGCAGCGUCUCCGAGUCCUUGGGAAAGAACCUGUCGGCCAACAGCUUCACUCUGAUGCUGAUGUCCAAGAACCUCCAAGGCAACUACACUUGCUCAGCCACCAACGUGCUCAGCAGGAGACAGCGAAAGGUGACCACCGAGCUCCUGGUCUACUGGCCCCCUCCGUCAGCUCCUCAGUGCUCGGCGGGGUUGUCUCCAGAAUCAGCUAACCUGGAACUCACCUGUAACUGGGAUGGGGGAUACCCUGACCCGACCUUCCUGUGGACUGAGGAGCCUGGAGGAGUGGUCGUGGGGAAUUCAAAGCUGCAAACCCUGAGCCCGUCGCAGCUGUCGGAGGGCAAGAAGUUUAAAUGCGUUGGGAGCCACAUACUGGGACCAGAGUCUGGAGCCAGCUGCGUGGUACAGAUCUCAAGCCCCUUACUUGCAUCUCGGCCCAUGAAAACUUGCUUGGUGGGGGGCGAUGUGACGCUCACCUGCCAAGUGGAGGGAGCCAACCCACCUGCAAGGAUCCAGUGGCUGAGGAACCUCACGCAGCCGGAGACAGCCAUCCAGCCCAGCAGCCGCUAUGUCAUUACCCAGCAGGGCCAGAGCUCCUCUCUCACCAUCCACAACUGCUCCCAGGACCAGGAUGGAGGCUUUUACUUCUGCCGGGCCGAGAACCCUGUUGGGGUGAGGGCUGCAGAUAUCUGGCUGAGUGUUAAAGAACCUCUGAACGUCGGGGGCAUCGUGGGCACUGUGGUGAGCCUCCUCCUGCUGGGUCUGGCCAUCGUUUCGGGCCUCAUGCUCUAUUACAGCCCUGCUUUCUGCUGGAAGGCAGGGAGCACGCUCAGGGGACAGGACAUGGGUGACGUCAUGGUUUUGGUGGAUUCGGAAGAGGAGGAGGAAGAGGAGGAGAACAAGGGAGCUCUUGCUGAAGUGGUGGGGCAGGAGACGAGGGAGACAGAGGAGGAGUUGCCGAAAGAGAUAGGCAAGCAUGGACACAUUCACAGGGUGACUGCUCUGGUCAACGGGAACUUAGACCGCAUGGGGAACGGACUGCAAGAGUUUCAGGAUGACAGUGACGGACAGCAAAGCGACAUUGUUGAAGAGGAAGACAAACCAGUCUGAUGAAAAGGAUGCUCCACUGUCAGUGUUGUCUUGCAAGUUCGGUCUGUUUUGGCUGCCCCCUCACCGUGCUGCCCAGAGGAGCUUGCUAGGGACUGCUGGGGUCUCUGCAGCAGACACAUCUCUCCUUCCCUUAUCUCCCACUGCUUUCAUUUGGUGUGGGUCACCUCAGCGUUGUGAAGUGCACUGGGAAGGAGCAGCCCGUGUGGGGCGAAGCUGCAGUGGUGUCUGAGGGGACAGUUGGCCGUGACACCUGGCUCUACGCAGGUCAUUUACUGUGACACACUGAUUGGGGGCUGGGGAGGGGUGGGGGGCUUGGUACCUGUGCACUGUGCCACUACUCAAGGUUUGUAGCCUGCUUACCCAACACGAAUAUGGAAGCGGGGCUUUUUAGUCACCGUUGAGGUGAGGAACCAGGCACCUUCUGGGCAGACAGGAGGUGGCAGCUACCAGAAGACAGUUGCAUUGGGCCUGGGAGUCAGACUGAGGCUUGAAUUCUUGUUUUGCAUCACCUGUGAAGAAGUACCAGCUUUCCAAGCUCCUGAGAGAUGGAGAAGGUAGUUCAGGGAGGGGUUCCAAAGAGCUACUGCAGGAGCCUUCUUUGUAGACUCUCAGUCCCCCCCCACCCCAACUAUGCUUUUUCCCCUAGAGAGGUGCACCUUUCCUUAUAGCCUUCAUGGAGUACAGAGCAGAGCCGCGUGUAGUUAUAGAAGCCUACUACACGAUGGGCCUAAGGCUUCUCUUCAUGUGUCCUGUGCUAUAAGCAAGAGAAACAUUUCCUAACAGCAUCACUGGGUAUGAACUGGACAGAUGGUCCACUCGGCCUCAUUGUCUGUGUGUUGGAAAUGGGAGUAUGUUUCCAUCCUACUUACUAGGACAUGUUUCAAAAGAAAGUAGUGGGUGAUGACGUCAGCUUGAGAUGCCUAGGUUCUGGGGAUUUUUUUAUUAUUUUUUUUAAAAUUUCAUCUAAACGUUCUGAAGUCAGGGAUCUUCUAAGGGUGCAAUAAGUCUGUGCUAACCAUGAAAAUCUGACUUGAAAUUUGCAUUUUAUAUUUUGUGCACAUCCCGCUCAAACAGGACAUGAUCUAAGGCUUUAUGGACCUCCUAACGCUGGGGCCCAAGAUUCCUGAGGAGUCUGGUUAACAGAAGUACCUGCACGGUGGGGAGGGGCUCUCUGUUCUCUCUGAGUGCAGGGACUGCAGUGAAGAAACCACUCCUGGCGUGGCCCAUCCAUUGGAGCCCUUGGGAAUAGCUGUGAAGUGCAGUUCUCUUGCUUUGUGGUGCCUCAAGCACUGGAUCCAUCACUCUGGAUCUUUUCAUUUCACAGCGGGCUACUCAGGUUGCCAUCAGUCCUGGGAGCUGGCCUUUCCUUUGAGGCCCCAUGAUAGAGUUUCUGAGUUUGUCUGUGGCUCAGAGGCAACUUUAAAAGAGAAGUCAGAUGGGAAGUUGCUAGCUGGGAACAGGGUGAACGUUCGUGAGAUCACUGGGUGCUUCCCACAGCUUCCUCUCGUGCACACACCUGGUGGCAGGAAAUGUUUGAGGGUUUUUCCACUAGCAUAUGGGAGCUUCAAGGGCUUGGUGCCAAAUGCUGUUCUGAUACCCUGGCCAGUUAUCAUUGUCGCUUUUCUUAGCCUGUGUGCACAUUUAUAAAAUGGCAGGUUCACAUAAGAGCCCAGGCACUCAAGGGCUUUAAGGACUUGUGAAAAACUGGAGCCCACAUUCCCUCUUUCCCUUAGUGAGAUCCAUACCCAGAUCUCAAGGCAUUAUAGAUAAAGGUGUUACAUGGGAAAGUACAACUUGUGUGUUGCUCUUUAAAAAAAUAAUUCUUAUCUGCACACAUUAGUUAACUCAAGAGAUCCACUUGUUAGAAGUAGGAAGAAAACCGCCUCAUGGUCGUUUUAAUCACAUUGAUUUCCCUCAAAAUCCAGUAGUCAUGGGAAACGGGCUCUGCACGCCUGUGGCUUUGGCAUUAGCUCCAUUUCUCACAAUCAUAGAAGGACGCGUCAUCUUCACUGGGUACGGCUUUGUACACUAAGUGCCAAUCGCAUUUCUCACCACAGGACUGCCUACCGGCCGCUGCAAAGGAAAACCGCAGGCGGUUCAACGUGGUUGACCUUACCAUUUCAAAGGGGAAAUUUGGGAGGAAUUUAGUUCCAAGGUUAUAAAUUUUUAAGACUUUGGAAUAAAGAAUAAAGUUACUUUUUUAAAACAUA